AUGGCUGCCCGACGGCUAAAGAGCGUAGCUGAUGAAAAACUACCAAGACACGUUCUUACAAGAGUCUAUGGGGAAGAAGAAUCGAAAAGCUCAAAGAGACGGAUUACACAGACGCUACUAUUGAGACACAGCAGACCCGCGUCCAAUCUGGACGGUGACGACAGCACUGACCUUUCUGACAUUGAAAUCAAGGAAAAGGUUGAUACCGUUGCUUCGAAAUGGGGUCAGUUCAAAGCCACGAUGAGCUCCGCAUUCGCAAGGAACGCCGUCGAAAUCGAGAGUGGUUCUCGCCAGGUUGAAGAUCUGGACGGCUUCUUGUGUGUCGAUGAGCAGAUGCCGUCUUGUUCAUCGGGAAUAGAUCCGCAGUCCUGUUCUAGAAUUCGGCCAGUAGACGUGCGCUACUGUGUGAGACGAAGACAGCGUUAUGCUUAUCAAUUCCGAUCUGAGAACGAUUCGCAGAAAUAUCCGGCUUUUGCUACAUGCAAUCCUGUCAGUCUGAACUUGGAUCAAGUAAGCUGUCAUCCAUGCCGUUAUAUAGAGGCAUAUGCAAGGAUUAUAUCAAUGGCACCACCGUUUUCAAUCCGAUCUCGAAUAGAUCUCCCCAUCUGGCUAAACAGAGAUUCUAUUUCUGAAGAACGGCGAAGGUGUGCUCCUGUGCAGUUUGACGAUGCUGAUGACACCGAACGUCCGCAACAAAUAUCGAAGUCCAAGCGAGCACGGCUAACUGAACGAAGCUCAGUCUCAUCUACUGAAUCGUCAUCUUUGGAAGAAAGUGAAGAGGAACGAAAAGACAAGUCAUUCAAAAUCGGAGGAUAUAGCGAGAAGCGAAGGCAUGAUAUUCGAAGGGCUAGAAACAAGAAGAAGCAACGACGACGGGCGAGGCGUUUGCUCGGCGUGGAAUCGGAAUCCGAGUCAGAUGAAAGUUUGGAUUCUUACUAUAAGGUUAAGCUGGAAAUGCCGAAAUAUUCUUUUUCUGUCCAUUAUGGCAGGAUCGAAGCGGCUCCCAUAAAAUGUGGAGUUAAGGAUAUCGAGGUUCCACGGUGGCGGAAGCUUCCACAAAGGGAAGUUGACGAGUUGACGGAUCACCAAACGCCUUCCGAGUGCUGUAGAUCAGAACGACUGGAAAACCUGAUCGCGAAAAGACAUUUACGCCUUGCAAACCAAGAAAGGCUAUACUUUGAGGGAAAGCGCCAGGAGAUGCCAUCAAUAGAUUCCGAUGAUGCCUCUGACGCUGAGGGAGUAGAUCUAUCUUCCUUGUUAGUAUGUUCACUAACAGAGUCUGAGCGUGCCCAGUAUGACCGAUUUGGGCAGAUUCUUACCGGACGAGAGCCUAUACAACGGCCUCGGUAA